CGAUUUUAUUUAGAAUAUUUUGUGUACUCACGCUGUCCUACUGGGAACAUUUUUUAUUUAAUUUUAUCACACAACGCUAUUAGAGGCACAGAAUCAUACAAAAACACGCGGAAUCACACUGUGAAUACUUGAAAUCUUUAAUUUAAUUUUUAUUUCUGCGAGCGAGAAUAUUUUCGACUUAAAACUGAAAGUCGACAAAGUCGAAACUCUCUAAUGUUGUUUGUUUGUGUGUGUACGAAUGAAAAUGGAAACUUCGAUCCCCUCGAAACUAUGACUCAAUUAUUUCAAAACAAAUCGGCAUAAAAUUAAAAAACAUUCAAGAAAAUUGUGUUGAACAUGUCUGUUAAGUUCUAUGGUCGAGUUGUACGAAUUGGUGGAAUUGCGACUGCAAUUUCAAAUCAAAUUAAGCUCAUCAAUUUCAAAGGUGUAAAGCGUGUUAAUGUAAAAUUCGAUCCAUUCGAUGAAAAGGCUGAUAUAGCGAGGAAUUAUCUUUUUUAUAUCUCAUCGCCAAAGAUAAAUGAAACAAAUCCGAAUUGUGUCAUAAAAACUGAUGUAAUUUGUAAUAGAGAAAGACCGACCAUCUCUUUCCAACUAAUACCACAAGUGCAAGAAGCCGCAAAGAUUAAAACUGUUAAGAUUGAGCUUGAAAAUCUUUCGAUGCUAGAGCUUUUAACUGCAACAAAUCAGCAUAUUUCAGCAUUAGCACCCAAAGAAACUGUUAGCAGUUCAUUAAAGACAAAGUCAGAGAAGAAGCGUGCAUCCGGAGGAAGACGGAAGUAAAAUAUUACUUGUGAUUAAUUAACAUAGAAUUUAGAAAGAUAGUAAAGUGAAAAGAUGAAAACCAAGGGAGGCGGACACAUCGACUUUAUAGAAAAAAUCUACCAUGAUUUGCCGAGUUUCACGGACGUUUUCAAUGAGGAAACUUUUUAUAUUUUUGUCGUUUGCUUCGUUCUUGCCACUUUUCUCGUCGUUUUUAUCUUAUCACGAUUUAUAACAAUAAAACCUGUUGAUGAUUAUUGAAAUAAAAGGAAUAAACAAAAAUGAAUUUCUAAGAAAUGAUUAAAAUUAAAA